CCUCCUCACACAUGAUCCAGCAGCAUCCAUCUCUCCGGAUGUCCACAGUCCGUCUGAUCCUCCGCCUGGUCGCGGCAGCAGCACCAGUGAGGAUAAUGCAGAGCGGAGGGAUUGUGAAGACAUGAGCACAUCCAACAGAUGUCGAUGGAGUCCUCUUUCAACGCCGUAGAGCUCCGGGAGCUUCGGGGCGGAGGAGGCCGGCGAGGCGUGUCUCCGACGCCGGGCUCUACUGUGGGCAGCGCCGGCCGAGGCUUCGAGAACGCCUCCUACCAGCAGGACGAGGAGCAUGACCACCAACAGCAGGGGGCGACUGUGUCGGCGGGAGGUCCGCCCUCAACUUCAGGCAACAGCAAGGGCGAUCAGCAGCAUCAGGAGCUUUCACCGCAGCCGUACGAUGAGGAGGAAGGAGCUGAAGGGCAGGAGGACGGACAGGACUUCACCGAGUUCCACCCCGCCGACGACCACUCCGCGGACUACGGCUUCAUCUUCGCCCUGGUGUUCCUGGUGAGUGGGAUCGUCCUGGUGGUCAUCGCUUACACCAUCCCCCGAGAGGCCAAAGUCGACCCGGACUCCGUGUCUGCCCGGCAGAUGGAGAAGCUGGAGAUGUACUACGCCCAGCUGGGCUCCCACCUGGACAAGUGCAUCAUCGCGGGCCUGGGCCUGCUGACCCUGGGGGGGAUGUUCCUGUCUGUGCUGCUCAUGGUGUCCAUCUGCCGGGGCGAGAUGUACCGACGCAGGGCGGCGUUUGUCCGACCCAAGAGGACUUACGGCUCCAUCAACCUGAGGAUGAAGCAGCUGGCGACCGGAGAGGCGGGAGGAGGCGAUGGCGGGGACGGAGGUGAGGAGUUUUUGGUGGAACAUGCAGACACGCGGAAUAACUUACAGCCAGAUCCUAGCCGGGUCUCCAAAUCAGAACCGGGGCCGAGCAGGCAUCCUCCUCCUCCUGCUGCUCCUUCCUCGUCUUCUUCAGCUGCUGCACACGGAGUCGACUAGCCGCUCUUUGCGUUCGCUCUGCAGCUGUUUCGCCUUCCUCUGAGGGAGCACUCGGUUGCAAAAUGGUGCGGGUCCCUCAUUUGUGCUGACAGGAGAAGCACAUCUUGAGCCAAAGGCUCUCUGCUGGAGCGACCCAGCUUCGACCCAGCACUUUGGGAUUGAACGCGAACCAAGUUUAUAAGGAUAUUUAUUCUAACCAAUCAUAAAGGGAUGUAUUACUUAACAAAAGAGGGCUCGAUCAGGUGGAAGAAGAGAGGUAAGCCUACGCCAGUGUGGAAAAGAGAGCACAUUUGGAGAUGAAUGGUUGUAAAUCAGAGAUUACAGUUCCAAUAUAAAUCCUAGUAUGUUAAUCAGAGACUGAGUUUUACAAGAAAAGGAAAGCACAUUGUGUCCGACAGCCCUGGAGGUUGGUCGCCACUGCAGAAAGCAACACUUUAUUUAUGAAGUCCAGUGUUGACACUCGUCUAUCAGGUGACCAGAAGAUUUUCAACAUUCAAACUUAGCCAUAUUUAAAACCCCAAUUACAAGAUUCACCUUAAUAAAGAUGUUAAAUAACUGACAGCUGCUGUGAAUAUCACAGUCACUGGGUGGGAGUGUCUUACUGGACCGUCUAAAUAAAGUAUAACGGAAAGUGUGAUGCUAGCUCUUGCACAAAUAAAACAGAGGCAACAUUUUUGAAAGUCGUGUUUCUGGUGUGACAUUUACACAAAACUACCAGCAUCGGCAAUAAAAGGACAAUAACAGUACAGGACAUAAAAUAAUGUUAAAACUUGAAGCCCAGCUGUGUCACCUUCAGCAACCUGCAGGGAACAAAUUUAAAGGCAGCAAAGGAUGUUCAACUUAAACCUGCAUUAAGCAAUAUUUUACAGUACAUGAAACUCUUUAGCCCAUUGUUUUAGUUCUCUGGAUUCAACCUUUUUCUUGUAAUACUGUGACUUUCUCCGUAAUAUUAUGACUUUAAUCUCUAAAUAUUAUAAGAUCUUUCUCAAAAUAUGAUGUCUGUUUCUCGUAAAAUGAAUAUUAAUGUUUAUAUUUCAGUAGUUUUACUACCUUAAAGUGGCCCUAAAGGUGCUUUCAGAGAGCACGUCUAAGCAGUUACCAGCCAACAGCUUCAGAAGCCAUUUGUAUGCUAAAAUGUUAGCAACCUUUUUCAAUGACAAGAAGUAACCAGAUGGUAAUAAUUUAUGUGAUACCGUCAUGGAAGUACUUGCACAUCAGAAACACAAACUAGAACCAGACCUGGAGCGUGACAGAUAAUAGUUUAAAAUGUUUGUUGUGUCUUUGUGUUAAAAAAAUAACAUCAGCCGAUAAACUGUCACAGAUUUUUAUGCCCUCAAAUAUCAAUAUUUGUAUGCUAUCAGUCGGUCUUACAUCUCAAACCCCAUCCGCUGUCGUUGGAUGAUGAUUUCGCCUCUGGGGGCAACAGCCAAUGUUUCAGGGCUUCCAGUGUAGCCAGCGGAUAUCUAGAAAACGAAUAACUAAAAAGCUAAAUAGCCUGUUUUUGCUCUCCACACAGUCUGUUUACAUGCAUGCAAACAUUAUUGGUCAAUGCUCCUCGGACUACAAACAGAAACCAGAACGCUUCCAAUGCCAAAACCUCGUUCCCUUACCUACAGAUUCUACAUUUAUAAGGCUCUGGUUUGAAAAAUAGUUGCUAAAGAGGCAUUAAAGGUCCAAAUCUAGCAAGAAAGUUGCUAAGAUACGGAGGCGCCGUGUUUUUGGAGCCCCCUUGUGGUCAAAUAUUGCUUAAUGCAGCUUUAACAUUUGACAUUUAUUCAAUAUACCUGAUCACUGCAACAGCUUUAAUUCGCUGAAAAGGACAAAGGUGUUAGACUGAGAGGCGUAGAAGUGAUAUGACUCACUGUUAACACACAUUACCCACAAAGCUUCGCAUCAGCAGUCCGAGAGCUCUUCUACACUCUUCAUGCUGUUAGUCAGUAAUCAGUUUUAUCCUCCACUUGAAGUUGUUUUUUCUGGGAUGAGAAUGAUUUUUGUCACCGCGUCCUGGUUGCAAAUCAAUUCUGUUUCCAUCAAAGUGGAAACAAGUUGAAAUUGGACCGUUUUCAAUCACGAAGGACGUCUCAACUCGCCUGAAUCGAUUCCUGAGCAGCUAUAUUCUGUCAUUUAGUUGGAAUAGCGUCUGUGUUUGAAGAAUAUGUGUACUUUUACAAGUGACAAGAAAAUCUGUGAAGUGAAGACGUGAGAUUCUCACCCGACAGAGUUGUUUAACACUUCCACUGCUGGUGGCUGAAGGCCAUAAAUGACACUUUCUACAUGUACGUGUUGCUUUCAGUGAACACACAUAUCCAAUGUCUCGUGCUGCAUCGCUCAAAACUGUUGCCUCGUGUUUCCUAAUCAGCAUUUUCUGCUAGCAUCACUUUCCACAGCAAUCGCAGAGUGGAUCUUUGCAUCAGGCUGCACGUGAAUAUCCAACAUCAGCAGCUCCUUUAAAGACGUAUAAAUGAUAUUUACCUGACAUUUAAACGUCCCCGAGUGUUUAGUGGGCAGUAAAACCGCGCUACAUGCUGCAAGAAGAGAAAACCUCACACUGCAGCUACUUUCUGGUUUCAUUUAAUUAAAAGUUAAAAAGAAAAGAAUAAUAAUCUAAAUAUUGAAUUGGAAAACAAACAAACAUCAAGGUGUCUUUUUUUUCUAUCCGACUGCAGCUCUUAUUCUGGAGAACCUCUAACGACACAGCGCCUACUUAUUUGUAUUAUAUGUAAACACAUGUUAUUUAUGUCAUGUAAGGAUACAAUAUGCCUUAAUGAGUGAACACAGACACUGUAAAUUGUGUAUACGCAAAUAUUAUUAUGCUAAUGUAUUAAGGUCUGUAUAGUGAGGCAAUUAGCCAAGGGUAAUGUAGCUACACACACACACGCACACACACACACACACACAAACACACACACACAUAAUGUCCUCAUAAGUCAGUGUGUGGCUCUGUAACAUCAAGAGUCUAAUUAUUAUCCACACACACUCUAAUCUCAAGCUGUUUAUUGUUAAAAUAUGUUUAUUUCGCAGUACAAAUAUACUGUAAAUACUACAUGUAGACGUGUCGGAUGUAGAGGACCAGCAGAAGCUAACGCUCAGUAACCAAAUACGCAACGCAGGUAUGCAAAAUUGGGAAAACCUCGUCACAGUCGGACCAAUUCCUUUCUUUGUGUUAGCAGCUUUGUGACCUCCGCAGUUCGAUCAAAACAAACAGAACAAAACUGAGCAGACGAACAGCAGCUCCUGCUUCAAUAUUCAGCAUUCAAAUUCAUUAAAUAACAACAGGAUUUAAUGGUUAUUAGAUAUUACGGCUGAUAUUGAUUAAUCUGGGGCUGCAACUGGUGAUUUGUAUCAUUGCAGAUUUAUUGUUUGGUCCAUAAAAUGUCAGAAAAUAGGGAAAAUGUCCCCAAAGCUUAAGUCGAUAUAAUUACAUUGCUUGUUUAAAAUCAAAGAACAUGAGCAAAUAUCCCCAUUUUAGUUGCUGGAACCAGUGAAUUUUGGGCUUUUUUGCCCCAAAAAAUCACAUAAAUAAAUCCUUAUUUAUCUAAAUAGUCUCAGAUUAGUUUUCUGUUGAUCAGCUCAAUAAUAAAUCAACUAAUUUAUGCAGCUCCAGUAAAUAAACAAUAGAUAAAACUAUAAAAUAAGUGACUACUGAUGAUUAAAAAAGAGAGAAUACUACACGAAACUAUCCGUUAGACAUAUUGAAUAAUAUAAUAUAAUCCAUAUUGAUGAGUACUGUUCUAUAAUCUCUGGUGCAGCAGGUUAACUUUGUGAUUUUAAAGACUGUUCUGUUAAUGAACGGUCACAGGUUCAAUCCCUGACACAGUUUUUCUGCUGAGGUGUCCCUUGAGUAAAGUUUGGACGUUUCCAGCUGCAGGCAGGAAGUUUGGAGAACGUGGAGCUACUUAAGUGUCCUAAACUGUCUUCAUGAUAGAUAGGUAGAGGUAGGUACCAGAGCUUUCUUGAAAAUCACUAUUUAUAUCAUUAACUGUGUAUUUUCUCCUCCUGUGAUGGUGCCUCCAUCCAUCAUUUGCUUCAAUUUGCAGCUCACCAGUAAACAACCAAAGGGAAAGCGUACAAAGGUCAAACUCUUUCCGUGGUUUCAGUGUGAUUGAGAGUUUUAUUGGGGAAAAAGAAAGAGAAAUAAGAAGUGAGAGUGGAGGGGAGAGAGGGGAGGGGAGAGGGGGAGGUUUUCUGUGUGAGUGAAGGAGAUAAAAAGAUGUGGGAGAGCCGAUAGGAUGCAGCGGAGACGCUGGAUUACGUGAGGUGAUUCUUGAAGAGAGGGAUUUGGGGGAGGGGGAGUCGGGGAGUGACUCUGCAGGAAGCUAAAUACUUUCAAUGAUACAUUCAGGUUUCUCAGAACAAGAAAGACAAGAAUAAACAGCUCAGCUUAAGGUUUUAAUAAACAUGAACAAGCUGAUUCUUGUGGAGACACGCAGAGAUUAGAAGCUGCAGGUCCGCAUUAGUGGGGGAAAACAACACAGCAGCAGAAACACAACCUGAUAGAGGGAAUGAUUGCUGCUGAUGGUUCGCUUCACACAGGCUGGACGCAGAGAGCUGGAAGGGAAGAGGUUCGAAAGGGUUUUAAAGUGAGUUUAGUUACACGGAUGGAUGGAUGGAUUGAAUCAGGUCAGGAGGAAGCAGACUGAAAGAUUGUAGAUUGCUUUUGUGGAAAAACUCUUAAAGGGGCCGAUAGAGAACUUGUUUAAAGCCUUUAGUGUCUCCAGACGGAGUCGUGGGAAGUCUGACGAUGAGAAGUUAGAAAGGAGUGGGAAGAUUUUGGAUGGGUCAACAAGUGAAUCUACUCCUCUGCUCUUUUCUGAUCACAUGUACAGAUGAUCUUUAUAAUAAGCUCAUGAAUUAUGUAUCCGUGGAUAAGCAGCGUGUUGCAAGUUAAAAGGAUCUUAUGAUGAUCUGCAGGUAGGAGCUGUCUCCUGCUGUGCCCCCCCUCCCCCCUGUGUGACACAUACAGCUGUAUUAUGCAGCUUAAACAGGUUUAAACUCAAAUUAAAAUACAAAUUGGAGUGAUUCUGGUGGAGCGACUGAGAGCGGAUGUAUGUUCGGAACAGAUGGAAUACAACAGAUGAUAUUAAUAGUUCGGUUAUUUUGUCGGUUAUGAGUCUGUGUUAUAGUCAGUGCAAUAUUAAAUGUGUGGAGAGCUCUUUUAAGAAUAUAUGGUAUAUAUAUAUCUAUCUAUUGUAUGUAUUUUAAAAUAUAUCAUACAAGAAGCAGAUUAGACACAAUGUCUGAGUCUGUUAAACACUGAUUGUUCAUGUAGAUGUAAGUUAUACUUUCAAUUGUUAUUAUUUAGUUUAUUAUGGAACACAUUUCAAACACAAAGGCAGCUCAUAUACUUUAUAUUAGAAAGAAAGAAACACAUUAAACCAACAUUUUUACUGUAUAAUCACAGUGAUUUAUACGAGUUAGCAACAUGCUAGAAAGACGUUUUCACCCUAACGAGUCUAGAAAGUGAAAUUAAAGAGUUUGUUCACACAAAAUGCAUAAAAAAAACCUUUUGAAUGAAUCCAUGAAUGGAUUUUAACUAGAGAUCAGAAUGGGAGAAAAGGGGCGGCAGAGGAAGGACAUGUGAGUGCAGAGCAUCUGAAAAGAGCAAAACUAUGUUUCUGUUCCUCGGUGACGUGUUUGAAUGUCAAGACCGAACAUGAGCACCUUGGCCAAAGACAAAGAAAAUCAAUCUUUAUUCUGUCGGCAGCACAAUGACUCUGUUACCAUAGAAAUAGUCUAUUUAUAUCAAGGACCAUUGCUGGAGCAGUUCUCAUGUGUCAUGGAAAGUCCUUGUGAGGACACGAGAGAGGAGACAGUGUUAUAAACCCUUAAAACCUCUGAUUGUGUCCCUGAUGAGGGGAAACAUAAACCUGAGGAGACACUGGAGGAAUAAAUCACACAUUUUUUAAAAGUGCAAAUCAUCUGUUGGUAGACGAGCGAAAAGCUUUAAUUCAGAACUCGCUGCAGGAGAUCAGGAGGACGAAGCAGACAGAAUAAAACACAAGUUUAUUUUUUUACAUACUUGUUGAUUCAUCUGGACUUUAAAUCCCAAAGUUAUCUGAUUAUUAGCAUGUAAAUAAGUUAAUGUGAGCGAUUAUAUAUCUGCAACAGUCAAAUAUCUGCAAGUAUCAGCCCUCCAGGAAUAUAAGAACCACAUUGAUGGACGUUCUACGGUUGAAUAAUGUCACAGUAUAUAUAUUUAUAGUGUAAUUCUUAUUAUUCUUUAAUAAUCAAGAAGUAAAUGUUGGGGGAUGUAAACAGGAAAAUAUAAUGUUGCCAUGGAUUCGGUGACUAAAGCCGAGCUCAGCCUACGUAAAUUCUGGGUCAGAUUACUUCAGAUUCACCCUCCAGACAAUCGGAGGAGGAAUUGAUCCUUUAUCGGUACUGAAGUUCGGCCCUGAUUAUCUAGUUUACAGAUCCAGUCUUAAACCUCCAGACUUGCACAUAGACUCAUCGAUAAUUUACAAGCAUUUUUAAUGUCUAGGAGUUAAAAUCUGGAGGAUAACGUCAGUAUGGGAGUAAAUGAGAGGUGUUGCCAAGCAGCUGUAAAUGUCAGCGAGCAAACUGCUGCUGACAGAUAUUAAAAUCUCACCUCCAGUUCUUGCUGAUCAAUAAACAACCGGCCUUCUGCUUUUGAUUUUUCUCAAUGGGAAGCAUUAAUGUUACUACAGCAGGUUGUUCAGCUUCCCCAUGAGACCCUCCCUCUAACACCUUUCUUUAUUUUAAAAUCUUACAGUGUGUGCAUGAACUGAACCAACCAGUUAGCUGUUAACUGUUGCUGUUUGCUGUGUACACAUGUAUGAACAGACAGCUGUCACUGAAAUACUGUAGAAAACUUAAAAAUGAUGAUUCUCAGGCAACUUCUGCUGUUGUAAGAUCUCUCUUCUCUGAUUUCUAAGCUGAUUAAUGGACGUUUAUUUGCAGUGGACAUAAGAGAAAAUGAUAUCUUCGGAAAGUGUAACUCACACCGGAUCUAAAAAUAUGCGUAUCCUGACAAUGUGUUCAGUUCUGACUCAGAUUUUUGAUGCAGAUUGCAGCAGUCAGACACAAGGGGGCUUUUAAAGUAACUGCCUCCAUGAGCUGCUGACGCUGCGUUCGCCUCACGCAGCAUCUUUGCUUCACGAAUGCAGGACACGCAGGCUGCACAUGAACCCGUGGAUAGAAGCAACAGACAGUCUAUGUAUUCUGUUUUUCCUCUCGCAGUCUUACCAAUAAUGAGUUACCUCUACGUACCCGUUACACUCUUCUCCAACAGCGAGUGGGGUCGGAAAGGUCAAAGGUUUGCAGCACAGUAGUGUUCCUGCAGCUGCUUGAGAUUCAGUACCUCAUUCAAGGACACUUCAGCAGUGUGCAGGGUUCUGACCCUGAGCUCAGUCUCAUUAAUCACUACACAUCACGCUGCCUCGGAAAAUAACAAGAGAAGGUUGCCGGCGCUGUGAAAAAACAAGCUCCUGGUAUAUAACCUCAGCUGUUUACACCUAAAAGCCUCCAGUUUUGUUCAGCUUAAACAGUCCGCCCCACUGAAAACACCCAGACUGAAUGGUCCUUCCUCUGCACAGGCUUGGAGCUGGAUGCUUCCCUUUAUGUACAGAUAUAUAAUAUGCACAAAUGUAACACACACAGCAGUAGCAUUUUACUCAGAGACUCAAUGAAUGUACAAAUUAAUGCUGUAACGCUGGAGGGUCGGCGCCAUCGCGGCAGUGUCACGCAAUAUAUCACAAAUAUCUGUCGGUCACAUGGUUUCACAUGUGAGACACUUUGGUGUAAACGGUCACAUGAUUUCAGUGCAGUCGCCUUGGAAACACUACUGUAUAAACAUUCCUGCUCUUUCUUUUAUUCUGUUUUAAAACGUGCAGAGUUAAUAGAUGUAUAUUUAAUGAGAUAAAGCGAUAUUUCACUCAGGUGGAACAUUUAUUUUGGGAUGCGUCCAAACGUUAAUGAACAGCUACGAUUGAGGAAUCUGUCAUCAUGGUCGCCAUCGGGCUUUUUAAUUUUAACUUAAAAGUAAUCUGAGACCUUUAUUGACCUCUAAUGGUUACUAGCAGUAGUUGCAACAACACUUACACAACAUUUUCUUCCUACAAAAUGUCUCCUCCAACCCAAUUCUCUCAUUACAUCCAGUCAAAUCCAUAAAUUACAACCAAAUUAGGGUUGAAUGAUUUCCCACCAUUUUAAAAUGAUUACAUCUUUUAUUGCAAUCAAUUUAACCUGAUUUUAAAAGACACAAAACUAUGAAUACGUAGCUUUACACCAGCUAUUACACAAUAUUUAACCACACAACUGGACUGCAAGCUGCCAUAAACAGUAAAUGUGAUGCUUCCUGUAGUUACAACGGUGAAUGUCAAUAAUACAAAGCCUUCAGUCUCUUUUCAAAAAGUGAAUAUGGAGAGGUUUUACAAUAAAUGUGCUGUUUGAGGUCACAUUGAAGUCUUCCGUGUGUUUGUAGUACUGUAACAUUUGUAGCCUUCAGAAUAAAAGCAGGAACGAGACAAUGACAGAUGCCUCAGGGCUGCUGACUCUUCAUGAAUUUAAAUGUAAAAUGUAAAAAAACAAAAACAAAUGAAAUGAUUCUACCCGGGUGAAAUAUCGCUCUGAGUAAACCCAGAUUGAAACAAUGAAUAUUAAAGUGUAUGAACUGUAAGAAAAAAAUCUAUCACGUGGCCUGAAGAAGGAAGUUGUGUCUGUUUGUGAAUCAGAGAUGUGAAUCUUUUGCAAUCAAUAUAUGACAAUGAAAGUAACAUUUAGCACAGAAAAUAAACGGACAUUAAAGAGACAUUAAAGGGAUAUAUCACUUGUAUUUUAAAGUGGUUUAGUUGGACUAUCAGCUGGUGGAAAUGUUUACUACAAAACUACAUUUUGAUCUAAUGACUGUUGUGAUAUCACUUGAGAAAAGUGAAAUAUCCCUUUAAUCUGUGAGAGAAAACCAGGGUCUUUAAACUGUUAUAAAGCAGGCAGGGUCUUAUUGGCUCUUUUCAAUAUAAAACCAGAGAUUUUAAAAAUUUUGUUAAUGUUUUAUUUUCAGUUUAUUUGCUUUUUCUCUUCAGAUUUGUCUCUUGAAAUUCGGGGAAAAAGGUACGUUAAGAGUCGUCCACUUGUUAAAGAGAAAUUAAAGGGUUUUUUUUGGUGAAUUUUUGUAAAAUCAUGAGCCUUAAAUAUUGUUUAGUUCAGAAGUCCUUUCUGUGAUCACCUUCCAAACUGGAUGUAUGAAACUUUACGCAGCAGCACAAGAACAGGAAAUCCUAAAGCAUGUUAAAGCUUACAAACUCUUAUAAAAAUGGGAAUUAAUGUCGUUUUGAGGAUGACUUUUAUAAAGAUUACAGGAUCAAAGAGCAACUAUUGUGUUAAUUCCUGUAUUUGUCCCGAUGAUGAAGAUUGUGUUGCGUUUAUGGUGUAUGUUAAUGAAGAGCACAGUUACUUGUGUACAGUGUGUAACUGCAGUAGGUUAAUCACAAGUGUUUAUUUGUGACGAUUAUUCACUAUUCAUUAUGAUUUUUUUCAUCAUUUUAUACAAUUAAUCCCACUCCUCUUAAAACAUUCCUCUUAUAAAUCUAAUUUGAAACCAACUGAGGAUGAAUGUCGGGAGUUUUAAAUGUUCUAUAACUGAAUAAAAUAUAUGCUCGUUUCUAGGAAUCCAGUGAAUACAUAUAUGUGAUCUUUCUUUAUGUCAUCAUUCGGGCCCAUCUCCUAUCUUUGGUCCCCACUCGUAGUUUAAAAAAAAAAAACCUGCUGCUUUGUGUGCUUCAGGAGGCGAAGUGAAUCUGCAUGUUAUUAGUGUGUGACGCUGUAAAAGGUCCGAUGCCUUUGUUCCUGUACAUACUGAGGAUGCUGUAUACUGUAUGUAACGACGAUGCUGAUUUUUAAGUAGGAUUUUGUUAACGUGACCAAUAAACUUUCUGUUUUUGCUGUUUGUUUUUAA